UCUUGACGUCACUGCAUCCCGGAGCCAGACGAGGCGCAGCCAUUUUACUCCGCGAAAUAAACUUCAGCCUCGUAUUGAGAAGGCAGGAAAAGAAAAAUCUGCUCCAGCCCGAUGGACAUGUCCUGAUCCACGGCUCGGAUGGGUUCUGCUUUCGAGUCGACAGAGUUCGGCUGCCUUGCUUAAAGGGCCGGAGACCCAGACCGCUCUCUCUCGCUCUCCCCGGCCGCCCCCCUCCUGAGGCAGGAUGGAGCCCUGGGUGUCCCGGCAGAAGCUCGCAGCAGAGGGGGAUUGUGGGAUAUCCAGCCUGCUGGUGCCGAGCCCACAGAGCGAGGCGGUGACCCACGAGAUGGAGGAGCUGUCGCUGCAGCCCACGCAGAACCUGCCGCCGCUCAACGAGCGCAAGAACGUCCUGCAGCUGCGGCUGCAGCAGCGGCGGACCCGGGAGCAGCUGGUGGACCAGGGCAUCAUGCCGCCUCUGAAGAGUCCAGCAGCGUUCCACGGCCAGAUCCGCAGCCUGGAGCGAGCCAGGACGGAGAACUUCCUGAAGCAUAAGAUCCGCAGCCGGCCGGAGCGCGCCGAGUUGGUCCGGAUGCACAUCCUGCAAGAGACGGGGGCGGAGCCGUCGCUGCAGGCGACCCAGAUGAAGCUGAAGCGGGCGCGGCUGGCCGACAACCUGAACGAGAAGAUCGCCCAGCGGCCCGGCCCCAUGGAGCUGGUGGAGAAGAACAUCCUGCCGGUGGCGUCCAGCCUCAAGGAGGCCAUCAUAGUGGGCCAGGUCAAUUACCCCAAGGUUCUGGAGGAGGACGGUUGCUACGACGCCGUGUCUCCGGAGCAACCGGCCAGCCAGGAGUCUCAGGGCUCCGCCCCCUCACCUGGAGAGAGCAGAGUCCCAGAAACCCCGCCCCCAUGCCCGGCGCCUGCAGUACUGCCUGCCAUCGCCAUGCUGCAGCCUCUUCCAAGCACAAACUUCCCAAAGCCGCCCUCAGCCAAUGAGCAGCCUCUCACCUGUCCACCUGUCCAGCAUGCCCCGCCCACCGCCACGCCGGCUGCUUCCAAACCGGGGCCGACUCUGGUCAAGCAAAGCCAACAGAAAAGUCUGUCUGAGAAAAGCCGCAGCAAGAAGGGCAGAGAGGCCAAGUCGCGUGUGAAGAAGCUGAAGUACCACCAGUACGUCCCGCCGGACCAGAAGCAGGACGCCGGCGAGCCGCCCAUGGACUCGUCGUACGCCCGCCUGCUGCAGCAGCAGCAGCUCUUCCUGCAGCUGCAGAUCCUCAGUCAGCAGCAGCAGCAGCAGCAGCACUACAACUACCAGACCAUCCUGCCGGCGCCGCUCAAGCCGGCGGCGGAGAGUCAGAGCAGCGGCGUCGGCGCCCUCCCCGCCUCCAUCGUAGUGUCUCUGCCCACCGGCCCCCCGGCGCCGCCCGCGCUGCCACGACCCAACAACCUGCUGGCCAAUCGCAAGCCAGGAGUCCUGCCAGCCAACCUGGACGAGAUGAAGGUGGCAGAGCUGAAGCUGGAGCUGAAGCUGCGCGGUCUGCCGGUUUCCGGAACCAAAACGGACCUGAUAGAGAGACUGAAGCCGUUCCAGGAAAACUCCUCCCUGCUGGCUCCGCCCAGCGUUCCCACCUCCACCGCCGCCUCCUCCGUGCCCAUGGAGGUCUCUUCCUCCUCCUCCUCCGCCACCGCGCCUGCUGUCGUUCUUCCAGUCCAGCAGGCGGCGCCGGAGAGGAUGUGCUCCACCCCGCCUAACUCGCCGAUCCCCUCGGACCCGGCCGCUCUGCAGCCGGACGUCAGCAUGUCUGAGGCCGAAGCCCAGCCGGGUUCUGGUUCCGGUUCGCCCCGGCCGGAGGAGCGGGACCGGCGGCUGCAUGAGAAGCAGCGGCAGAUUGAGGAUCUGAUGAGGAAGCUGGAGCAGGAGCAGCGGCUGGUGGAGGAGCUCAAGAUGCAGCUGGAGGUGGAGAAGAGGGGCCAGGCCGACCCGGUUCUGAGCUCCAGCGCCGUGAAGAUGGAGGGCCCGGUUCUGUCCAGCUGCUCCUCCGGCGCCGCUGUCCUGAGGCCCCAGGUGGUGAAGCUGGAGGACGUGACGUUGUCGGCCGGGAAGCCGCUGCAGCUCCAGACCCAAACCCAGAUCAUCGCUCAAAUCCAGAACCGGACCGUCCCCCCGCCGGUGCCCCAGGGCCAGCCCACGGCCCCUGGCCUGCAGCAGUUCUUCAUCAGCCACCCUGCCGGGGUCCUGGGUCAGCCGCAGGCGCUGCUGACCGCAACGGGCCAGACCACAACCCAGAUCUUUGUCCCGGUCUCGCUACCGAACAGCGGCGCCAUCCAGCUACCGAACAGCGGCGCCAUCAGUCUGCAGCCGGUCCUCCCGGUGCCGUCCUCCGGUCCGGGUCUGGUCCAGAACCCUCUUCCUCAGCUGCAGAGCGCCAACAUGGAGGUCUCAGCCAAUCAGCAGCCGCCGCUGCUGCAGACUCUGACGCUGUGCAGCGGCCCGGCCGCUCUGGGGAACCAGAACCGGACCGAGCCCAACCCUGAGCGCUUCCUGCAGCGUUCUCCAGAGAGCAGAGUGUCUCCCCACACGUCCCCCAACCACCAGGCGGCCAACGGCCCACUGAGCAAGCAGACCUUCGUCCUGCAGCCGACCAGGGAGCCGCCCCGCUACGAAGACGCCGUGAAGCAGAGCCGCAGCCUGCAGGCCGCCGGCCAGGUUCCCACGGCAACCAGCCAGCACAUGGAUGAUUUGUUCGACAUCCUGGUGGAGAGUGGAGAAAUCCCUCCCUUCCUGCCUCAGGACGCCGCCGGCGCUCUGACUAAGACUCACCCGGUGACGGCGAGCAUCACUACGCUUCCUGUGGGCUCAGCGCUGUCCCGCUCGCCGCCUCGGGUCCAGCUGGGCCCGCCAGUUCUGGACCCACCGGGUCUGGACGGCCAGCUGGAGGCCUUCUUGGAGCGGACGCUGGCGGAGACGGCACCGGCGUCGGACCCGCGGACCCGGGGCUUGAUGGAGGAGCUGCGGAGCCAACUGGCCGACCCGUUCGUUCCCAUGGAUACCACGGACCUGUCCUUCUCCGACCCGGCCGGGUCGGCGCUGAGCCUGGCGCUGUUCGACCCGAACCUGGACGGCAUGGAAUGGCUGGAGGGCCCCGCCCCUCCGGGGCCCGCCGGGUUCCCUGCCGAGUUCCUGGAGCCGCACGACAUGCAGCUGCACUUUGACUGACCCGACCAGAACCGCCGACCCAAACGGGCUUCAACUUCCUGAAGUCAGGAUCCUACUGGAACCGAAUGAAGACGAGGAGGAAGGUUCCUGUAAAUACGGUUUGGACCCGGACAGAGCCACCGGGUUCUUCUGGGUUCUCCAACCCGGUCCGGUUCAGUUUGGUCCCAUCAGAACCGCCCGUCUCCUCUCGUCCGUCUGGAUCAGAACUAUGCACUAAAGAAGCGCCGCUUCCCCUCAGAACAAACCAAUGUGAACGCCGCCUGGUUGCCAUGGAGACACAGCGGUCCGCUCGCCAACUGAAUGUAGUUCUAAAGACGCCGACCCGAAAACGGCAGCUUCUUCCUCCUGAUGAGAAACCAGAGACUGAGAAGGUUCUGGUGACCCGGUUUGCUUCGUUGCGAGACGACCAACAGAAAGUCAAAGCUACGGUGGCCUGUAAGGUGAUUUUCUGCCAAAGUAUUCACACCCUGUGCAGCUGCAGUCGGUUUCUCUCAUAUCAAAGUUGUAGAUGAAAAAGUUGUUCCAGAUCAGAUGUGAGCAGGUUCUGACCUCCGUGGCAUGAUGCUGCCACCGCCGUGUCUCCAACGGCUCCGAUUAUUACAGCAGCUCAAAGAUUUCAGUCUGUUUAAAAAGUCAAGAUCAAGUGAAACAGAAAGUUUUUAUUUUUCUGGUGGAAAAAUAAAAUAAUUAUGAGGGAAAAAAUCAUGAAACCAUAAUAAAGGGAAGCAUAAAAAGAAAUGACAAUAUGAUCAAUUGUUUUUCUAUCAAGCAUUUCUGUAAGUGUUUCAUAUGAAUUAGAGGAAAUAUAAAAUCAAAAAAACAAAAAAUGUAAAAGCUUAAAACUACAUUUUUUUCCGUGUUUAAUAAGAAUCCAUAAUUUCUAAACUAGUCUUGUUCUGAUAAAACUAAAUGUUUUUUCUCCAUGUUUGAUUCUAACUUUGUAAACUACCAGGAGUUUCUCUACGUCUGGCUCCGAUGUUAAAAGUAUCAAACUAAAUGUUGGUCUAAAGUAAUAAUUACUCCACCGUUUCUAAAAGUAAUGAACUAAACAGACAGAAACGACAGGAAAACCAUUCAGCCAUGAGGCAGAGAAAGGCAGAGAGGUCAGAGUUGAUCUGUGUCCAAACACAGAGGGUCAGAGAGAAGGUCCAGGAACCCAGCGACCCAGGAAAUGCUUUAGUCCGAGUAGAUUUUAUAUUUCUGCCCUACAGUCCCACCGGUGCUCCUCUCUUCACUCCAAUCAUCCAGAUUAUUGUGGUCGUUCCUGCCGGACCGAAACUGGUAACUUCUCCAAGAUGGAGUCCGUCCCACUGGGCUGCAAAAUCCCAUCCGGCCUGCGUCUGUCGGUCUGAGUGUCGGCCGGUCGGCCAGGAAUCCUCCAGCUCCAAACAGCAGAAACCCCAUCAUGAGUCCAGGCCUGUUCCUGCAGGACAAGCAGGCAGCACAAAAAUCUAUCAAUUGCAUUGAAAGACCAGUUGACCAGAUUAAUAAUCUGUAGAUUAUGGGUAUGUUGGAAGAAAGGCUUAAAAAGCAGAGCGAAGGCAGGUUGGGAGGCGGCAGAGGGAAAACGACUUGUUGGUUUUUAGUCAAAUGCUUGAUGGAAAAACAACGAAGGAAACUUUGCACACACACACACUCACACACUCACACACACACACACACACUCUCUUUAGGAAAAUUAAAAUGUUCCAUGAGGUAAAACAACCAAACAAAACUUGACAUUUUGAAUCUAUUGUUAAGGAACUUAUUAGAAAACAUAUCAACUCAUUUUAUCGUUUUAACAAACAAAUGAUCCUGUGAACAAACUACUGUAGUUAAUGGUUGUACCGUGACAGCUGAAGUAGUUUGAAUACUUUUGCGUGUGUGUGUGUGUGUGUGUGUGUGUGUGUGUGUGUGUGUGUGUGUGUGUGUGUGUGUGUGUGUGUGAGGGAAGCAUGUUACCGUUAGGAGCAGCCCUGUUCCUCUGCAUGUCCGUCUCUCUCUCUCUCUGCAUGUUUUGGGUCCAGCUAACAGAACCACCGGGUUGCCAUGUUGGGUCACCGGGUUGCCAUGUUGGGUCGGCCUCUCCAUGUUUCCAUUUCCUCACCUGAAUGUUGAGCUGCAGGUAAAUUUGCUGAUUGACGCGGUUUUUCCUGCAGUUCUGUAGACGAACACUAGAGGGCGACCGUCUGCUGUAACCUGAUUGGUCGGUUUCCUCCUCUUCAUCACCUUGCUGUGGUUUUAUUCCAAACUCAUCGAGCAGCUGUUUAGUUCUUUCUCUCCUCUGAUUGGUUGGAUGACUCUGAGGACUUCCUGUUAAUCUUUCUGCUGUUUACUUCAGGGUGUCCAAAGUGCGGCUCGGGGGCCACUUGUGGCCCUUGGAACCUUUAAUCAGCGGUCAGUAGUCCAGAUUUUAAACAGAUUUAAAAUAAAGUUUCACAAACACACGGACAAUAUAAGAUAUUAAAAUGGAAAAACUGCAACACAAGUUUUUGCUUUAAAUUUAAUUUGUACAAUCACUUUCACUAAACUAGACUUUUCAAAAUAAAGCAAAAGUGAGCCAUAAAGAGACAAACGAUGUAGAAAAACAUGAUCAACCUGAAAAAAAUUGAAUACAAUUUUUUAAAUUUGAUUUCUUUUUAAAUCUGGCAGACCUGCAAAAACUUUGUUUUAAAUCUACAGUAAUUUAUCACUUGCUUGAAAUGUGACGGCUGUCACGUUUAGAUUCAGGCAAAAAUAAAAACAUGAAAGUUUUUGCAAAAACACUCAAAUGUUUGUGACACCUGGAGACAUUUUUGGCCCCCGCACCAUAAGUUUGGACACCCGGUUGACUUCCUGCGGACCAGGCGAUCCGCAGCAGGCGAGGACGACUCAAUCAAUAACAGCUGCUCCGCCACUUCCUGCCGUCUUCUUCUGAGGCAGAAAUGCGGUUUCAUAUCUGAGCGGAUCAGCUGAUGUCGGCCAUCUUGACCUCCACUGCCCAUGCCACGCCUCCUGUUGGAAUGCCAUAUGUUUUGCACAUUGUGUACAUAUUUCUAUAGAUGUAAUGCAUAUUUUUAUACAUGUGUACCAUCCAUGGGCUCGUUAUUUUGUAAAUACGCUGAGAGAUGUGUAUAAAUGAGUACAGUAUGCUCUUAUGUGUUAAUAAAAGUGAGUUUACUGAG